AUGCCCUCUGUGUUUCGAAAAGUAUUCUUACUUCUAUCAUGUACUUUCCUUGGUCUCAUCUGUGGUACCCUAUACUUGUACUCCUCGUAUAGCCCUCAAUUCGCCAAGCAGUUGAACUACAAAGUGUCUGAUUCAUCCACCAUAGCACUCUGCGGUACAUUAGGUGUCGCCAUUUCUGGUCCCCUAGCAGGAAUAGUUGUAGAUAAAAGGGGCUAUACGUUAUCUUUGCUCAUUGGUGGAGUGUCCAUAGGCUCCGGCUACUUUGGGUUGAAAAGGCAAUACGACUUGGAAUAUCUGAAUGUACCAUUGUCUGCAUUUUUCAUACUUAUGAUAGGCAGCGGUUCGACAUUCAUCAAUUCGAGUUGUUUGAAAUGCUGUGCUCUCAGUUUUCCCAGUAUUAGAGGUGUAGCAACAUCGCUACCUCUCGCAUUGUACGGACUCAGUGCCUUGUUCUACUCUGUGAUAGCCUCGGUGUUUUUCCCAGGCGACACCUCACGGUUUCUCGGUUUCAUUUCUUAUUCAUCCAUAGCUAUUUUCAUUGUUUGUGCACCCAGUAUCAUGUCUUGUGAUUAUGAUAUUCCAUCUAGACGAAACAAAUCAAAGCUAGAAAAACCAGACCGACAAAAAAAUACCAACGUUUCUGGAGUAGAGCUUAUGAAAUCUUCUAAAUUCUGGCUCUUGUUCAUUAUCACAGGAAGUUUGGCUUCUUUAGGACAGAUGUAUAUUUAUUCUGUUGGCUACAUUGUAAAAGCACUUAUAACUCACAAGUUGUCAGAAGGAGGGGGUGUAUUACCUCAAUCAACAGAUGAAAUAGAAGCUCUCAUCCAAAAGGAUCAACAGAUUCAAGUGGGCCUACUUUCUGUAGCUAACUGCAUUGGUAGAAUUCUUUCAGGAAUUCUUGGUGAUGUUAUUUCGCAGUCAUUCAAUAAGCCUAGAUCGUGGCUCUUGUUCAUUCCCUCUAUUGGGUUUGCAAUAACUCUGGUGAUGGGACAGAAGAUUAACGACUUUAAUAGCUUGCCAGUGGCCUCUCUUUUUACUGGGUUUUUUUAUGGUUUUACUUUCUGUAUCAUGCCCAUUAUAGUUGGCGAUACCUUUGGAAUGGAGAAUUUCUCGUACAAUUGGGGUAUCGUUAGCCUUGCUCCAAUAUUUCCAAGUUUUUAUUUCACAAGUUUGUUUGGUAGCACCUACGAUUCAAACUCGACUAAAGACGAAAACUCAGAAUUGAUUUGUUUGAUUGGAAACAGGUGCUACAAUUCAAUAUUUUCACUAACGUUUAAUGUUUGCGCUUUGGCUAUAGUUGCCGUAAUUCUCCUUAAUUUCGAACCGUUAGGUAAACGGUUGCGUUCGUCUAUCUCUGCAAAGAAAGAGAACUUGCCACUAACAGAUCAAUACCCUCUUAACGAGAAGAGUAGUUGA